UGUGUUUGCUCCUCCGGUCAUUUCAGUAACAAGGUUUUUUUUGUUCUGAGUUCUCUCGUGUCCUUUGUCUCAGGGAAAAGCGCCAAUAGGUUAGACCUUUUCUUGUUCAUGGAUUCGCUGAUGUGUAAACUCGUGAUGGGUUUGGUCGUGAUGAUUGCGAUCUUCGGGGCUUCAGGUGUCGACGCGUGGACUGGCGAGAUUCGCGGCAGAGUAGUAUGCGAUGUCUGUGCCGAUUCUUCAAUCGGGCCAGAAGAUCAUGUCCUUGAAGGAGCUGAGGUUGCGGUACUCUGCAUAACCAAAUCUGGAGAAGUUGUGAACUACCAAGCUUUCACAAACACAAAAGGUGUCUACACAGUAGCGGAGACAAUGCCAGAGAGCGAACGUUGGGACGCGUGCCUUGCAAGACCCAUCAGCAGCUUCCACACUUCUUGCAACCACCUAAACCAGGCAAAUAAUGGGAUCAAAUUCAGUUAUAACCGCCUUUCCGGUUACUUUCAUGCCGUGAAACCAUUUGUGUAUCGACACCAGUACGCACCUUCUUAUUGCUGAAUUGAAAGAGCCUUUGUACCCCUUUCUAAGUUGUGUAAACUUGUAGUAAUAAUUGAAAUAUGAAAUAGUUUGGAUACUU